AUAUAUAUUGGGUUCUUGAAUUGGUUGUGACAUCUCAAACUUGAGCUUUCUGAGGCACGAACUAAAACAAGAAGAAAAAUGGCUACCAUUUCAGCUAAGAACAAUGCCCAAUACUCUGUUAGAUCCAUUAGCUUGCCUUCCAGACCCCACCCCACCACUGCCAAAGUGGAUGGCGAGCGCAACAAGCUCAAGUCGUGGGAAACUAGCUCGACUUCGUCUUCCGGGUCAAUCUGGGCUGGGAUCUCAGGCUUGGAGGAGUUGUAUGUUUCCGUGGAUGAGCUUCUCAACAUGGCCUCAACCUGGCCAGUCCUCUCAUGCAAUCAGGGCGAGAGGUUCACCGAUGAACUGUUGGAUGGAUCUGUACAGCUCAUUGAUAUUUGUGGCUCUGCCAGGGAGAUUUUGUUGUAUGUUAACGAAAAUGUUCAAGCACUCCGAUCCGCGAUCCGGCGGAGAAAGGGCGACUCAAGCAUCAAAGCUGAGAUCGUUGGUUACAACAACUCGAGAAAGAAAACGAAGAAGGAUGUGAAAGGACUGGUUUCUUUAUUGAAGAAAAUGGAAGCAAACUUCGGAGCCUCAUCGCUUUCGGUUCUGAAUCCCACUGAUCAGCAUAGGUCGGCUGUUCUAAGGGUCCUAAGGGAAGUUAAUUCAUCGACCAUUAUGAUGUUUCAAUCUCUCAUGUCGUUUCUAGCCCCACCAGUGUCCAAGCCAAAGCAGAUUCGGUGGCCACUGAUCACGAAACUGAUGCACAAGGGCACAAUCUCCUGCGACCGAAACCAAGAAGAAGGGAAUGAGUUUGAAUGCGUCGAUGUCGCCUUGAGCGAUCUCAGUAAAUGCCUCUCCCGUGGAGGAGCUGAUACUGAGAGAAUGCAGAUCACAAACAAGCUGCUGGAGAAUCUGGAGGUCUGCAUUGGAAGCCUUGAGGAUGACAUGGAGUGUUUGUAUAGGCACUUGAUUAAGACUAGGGCCUCUCUUUUGAACAUCAUCUCUUAGGAAGAGAUUGUUUCUUUUGCUAGCCAAUUUUGGCCCUUAAGGCAUCCUGUUUUUUCUGAGGAUGCUAAGGGCAAUCGAGUGUUGAUGUACAGAAGCUGUAUCACAUUCAUGUACAAAAACUUGAAAAGAGAUGCGAAAAAGUUGCAGACAA